CAUUGUAAUUUUUAAUCAUUUUUUUCGAUAUUGUUUAUAUAUUGACCGAUGUUAAUUAUCGUAUUUAUACACUGAAAUACUUGUCAAAAACUUAUUUAUAAACAUACUAAUGAGUCAGACACAAGUAUUUUCUGAAUAUUCUGCGGAAACUAUGGCUGAUCACAAUCAACAACAAAUUCCAUUACAACAAGAUCAUUCAAAAGAAAUGAAUAAUAAUUCCUCAACAACAUUGAAAAAUCGUCGUUCAUCAUCAUCAUCAAUGUCUUCAUUGAGUGAUUCUUGUGAAGAAUCAGAAAAUGGCAAUGAAAAUAUUCAUCACAAUCCUUCACUUAAUCAAAAUAAACAACAAAUACCAUUAUCACCAAUGUCGGGUGUUUUGUUGAAAUGGACAAAUUAUCUUCAUGGCUGGCAACAAAGAUUCAUUGUAUUGGAAGAUAAUGCACUUAGCUAUUAUAAAUCUGAAGAUGAAAAAUCCUUUGGAUGUCGUGGGGCAAUCACCAUUAUCAAAGCAAAUAUUAGGUUGCACGAAAUCGACGAAUGCCGUUUUGAUAUCGGGGUAUACGACUGUGUUUGGUAUUUACGAGCACCAUCAGUUGAAGAGUGUCGACGUUGGGUGAAUGCCAUACAAGAACAUAAAAACUAUUAUCAAUCACUUGAUAAUAAUGUUAGUGUAUCAUCAUUAAUCAAUGGUGCAUCAUUCGUUACAUCUUCCGGUAAUUCACAGUUACCACCACCACCCUCAUCAUCAUCAUCAUCAGUAGCAACAACCCAACCGCCUGUACCAACUUCAUCAAUAUCACAGUCACCUUCUGCAGCAUCAAGUGUUGUAGGGUAUCCUAUCAAUGCCAGUGAUAUUGCUGACCUUCGCCGUCAUGAAUCAGCAUUAUCUUUGAGCUCGAUUACAUCUUGUCGAUCUUAUAAAGAACAACUAUCUGAAAUGGAAACAUUCCGUACAAUAUUAUAUCAACAGAUUAAAACAUUACAACAUUAUUUUGAUUCAUCACUUCAAUCGACUAAUAUUGUCAAUGAACACCUGAAACGACAUCGUCGUCAUCAAUCAAUGAAUGGCUUUAAUUAUCUGGAUUGUAAUAUUGAACAACAACAACAACAACAAUCGGUGAUAAAUUCAACAACGAUUCGGAACGUAUCACAAUCAUCGUCAUUGUCGUCGUCAUCGAGUGGCAUUAUUGCCGAUCAAUUCAAUAAUAAAAAUAUAACUGCAGUUGAAAACAGUGAUAGUCAAUCACCGAUAAAUUUAUCAUCAUCAAAAAAUCACGACAAUAUUUUUGUUGAUUUCAAAAAGGAAGCAUAUACAUUCAAAGCCACUACUGCAGGCAUAAUUACAUCAUUAUCAAAUUGUAUCGAUUUAAUGACACAACGCGAAGAACAUUGGAAAAAACGACUUGAAAAAGAACAACAACGACGACGUAAGACUGACGAGCAAUCAAAACGUUUAGGAGCUGAAUUAGAAGAAACUCGUCGUGCAUUAGCCGAAUUACAAUUCGAAUUACAACGUAAUACAUUACAGCCAAACAAAGAUAAAGUGAUAUUGAUUGGUGGACCAGAUUACGAAGAAGGUCCACAUAGUAUAAUCAAAGAAGAGGAAUUUUUUGAUGCUAUUGAUGCUGCAUUAGAUUGUUCGGAUAAACAAGAAGAAGACAUGCGACAAUUAAAGCUACAAACAAUGAAUUUGGAUGAGCCAUUGGAUGUCAUUCCACUGGAACGUUGUGAUCAUCCUCUUUGGCCUGAAGUUGAACGUGUCACCAUGGAUCAAUUGUAUUAUGCUCGGUUAGAAGUUGAAGAUACGCCUUCAUCAGGUGGUGGUAAUUGGGAAUUGUUUGCACAAGAUGGACAAAUGCGUCUCUAUAAACGUGAAGUCGAAAUCGAUGGUCUUGUUUGUGAUCCGUUGAAAGCAGUGCAUACAGUUACCGGUGUCACAGCACAUGAAGUUUGUCAUCAAUUUUUCUCUCCUGAUGUUCGUUUUGAUUGGGAGAAUACAUUGGAUUCAAUGAAAGUGGUAGAAAACAUCAAUCCAAAUACGCUCGUACUUCAUCAAAUUCACAAACGAGUUUGGCCAGUUGCACAACGUGAUACAGUUUUCUGGUCACACAUUCGUAAAAUUGAUGCAGAUACAUUACGGACAAAAAGCCAUCCGAAUUCUUCUGGAAAAAUGUUGCCAUACAAUGUUUGGAUUGUAUGCAAUAAUUCUGUUGACCGUCCGGAUAUUGAUCGAGCUGGAUGCCAACGAAUGCGAUUAGUUGUAUCGAUGUGCUGUGAAUUAACUAUUGAUCCACCAGUCGAUGAUGUUGCUCAAAUAACUCGUGAUCAUUUACGUUGUCGGAUUAUCUAUUGUUCAACGAUUAACCCGGGAGGAUGGGUUCCAGCCUCGGUUUUACGAACUCUAUAUAAACGUGAAUAUCCCAAAUUUAUGAAACGUUUUUCGCAAUAUUGUAUCGAUCUUUACAAAGAUAAGCCCAUUAUGUUAUAAGCAAUUUAUCGCCAAUCAUGAUUUGGUCAACAUCACUAUAGAUCCAAAAAUUUUAUCCAAAUUCUUUUCAAUAUUCAUGUAUGUAAAUUUUGCCAAAGUUUUUUUUUGUCCUCUUCACAACUUUAAUUGAAUUGAUUGAUUUAAUAAAUUUGUUUA